GUGACCUCUAUGCACGAUCCCACAGCGAGCACUGCUCACAUGGUGCAUAAUAGCUGAUCUCAAUACAGUGCUGGGGAUUCCCUUCUCAUCUGGGCUGUCAUCUCCUUCGCUUCCGACUUAAGCUUGGCCGCGGCCUUGUGAUAUCCUCGCACCCGGCCAUACGCAUAUCCGACGUCUGCUCACGAGGCCCAUUUGGUGCUCGAGCGGACGCCAUCAUAGAGCACUGGCAGACACCCGCAGCAUCACUUCUUCCAUGUUUGACGAUGAAUCUUUGCAUGUUCCUGCUCAGCAAGGGCCAGAGGCUGCCCAACAGGAUGGCAGAUUUGUCCUGGGGAGCUUCUCAAUCGACGAAUACAGGCCCAUCAAAGUGAUCGUGAUUGGAGCUGGGUUCAGCGGCAUCCUAGCCGGUAUUCGUUUCCCGCAGAAAAUACCCAACGUCGACCUAGUCAUUUAUGAGAAGAGCGCCGGAGUGGGUGGCACAUGGUACAAUAACAGAUACCCAGGCGUCGCAUGUGACAUCCCAGCACAUUGCUACCAAUUCUCCUUUGAGGACAAGCGCGACUGGAGCGCUUUUUAUCCUCCCGGAAGUGAGAUCCAGGAGCACCUCCAGGACGUCGUAGACAGAUAUAAACUCAUGCGCUACAUCAAGCUCAACCACGAGAUAGUCCACGCUCAAUACGACGAGCCCACAGGCAAGUGGCACGUCCGUAUACGCCCAACGGGUGCCGGAGGAGAAAGCGGAGGGGCGCUAAAUGAAUUCGAAGACGUCGCGGAUGUACUGGUCACAGCGUUCGGCGCUAUCACCCGCUGGAAGAUGCCCGACAUCCCCGGCAUUGACAUCUUCAAGGGAGAGCUGCACCAUACGGCUGGGUAUAAACCGUCGGGAAAGACGUGGGAGGACGACUUGGACCGGUGGAGGGACAAGCGUGUAGGCGUCGUUGGCUCGGGCUCGACGGCUAUUCAAACGGUCUCGGCACUUGCUCCUCAUGUGAGGGAGCUCUCGAACUAUGUUAGGGGGCAGACAUGGCUGUCUCCGCGGUCUGUUGUGGGACAGAUUGCUCAGCUUCUGGGGCGCGAGAAGGCGGUCGAGGAAGACGGACUUAUGCUGAGCGCGGAGGAAAUCUCACGGCUCCAGUCAGACGACGAGUUCUUUCGUACUGUGCGGCACACGCUCGAGGACACGAUGAACUCGAUGCAUGCUUAUACGCAGCUUGGAAGUAAGAUGUCCAAUGACUUCAAGGCACUAUUUAGGAAGAACAUGCAGGAAAAGCUAGCCACGAAACCAGAGAUCGCUGAGAAAUUGAUUCCAGGAUUUCCGGUAUCUUGUCGACGGCUGACACCGGGUCCUGGAUACCUUGAAGCACUUUGCGCGGAUCACGUUGACUUCAUAUCGAGUCCUAUCAAACGGUUCACUGCGACAGGUAUCGAGACCGAAGAUGGAAAGCACAAAGACCUCGAUCUUAUCUUUUGUGCCACCGGCUACGACACUUCAUGGCAGCUUCCCUUCAAGAUAAUCGGGCGAAACGGCGUCGACUUGAAUGAGAAGUGGAAGCCGUAUCCAAAGACAUACCUGUCGGUGGCUGUCGACAGCUUUCCGAACAUGUUCAUGUCCCUCGGCCCGAAUUCAGUCAUCGGCGCUGGGUCCUUGCUUCCGAUACUAGAGCAAGCGAUCAUGUAUGCAGUGCAGGCAACAGCGAAGAUUCAGCGCGAGCGCUUGAAGAGUAUGGAGGCCAAGCCGAAGGCUGUGAAGGAUUUUGACAGGUACAUUGAGAGUUACUUCCCUCAGACCGUGUUCAGCGCCAAUUGCCGCUCGUGGUACAAGCUGGGCAAGGCAGAAGGACGAGUGGUUGGACUGUGGCCUGGCUCCAACGUACACGCAAUGAGGGCACUGCAACAUCCGAGGUGGGAGGAUUAUGAGUACGAAUAUGCUGAUUCCGAGGACAACUCGCUAUACUGGCUUGGGGACGGUCAGACAUCUGCCGAGAAGAAUCAGCAGGGAGACAGAGCAUGGUACUUGCGCGAGGAGUUUAUUGAUCGACCACCCGUUCCUCAAGAUGUGUAACCGAAAUGCUCGGGGUAUGUGAUGGCAAUCGCUUUCCUGACUCCUGCUGGACUAGUCUCGCAGCGGUACAGUAGCUUAUGCCUAAUUUGAAUGCGCCAGACAUAUAUUCUCCUGCCAAUGGUAGCAGAAGAAUCG